AAUUCUAUUUCAUCGCGCUACAUGGUUGUUCUGUUAUGCUUUGUGCAGUGACAAAUGCGCGGAGUAUGACGUCAAAUGCGAUUAGAGGCAUUCGGAGGAAGAAGAGUUCGCUGUGCGAGGUGAAGGUAGCUGUGAUCGGAGCACCAGGAGUCGGGAAAAGUGCAUUGACAGUGAGGUUUCUAACAAGGAGAUACAUCGGGGAAUAUGAUCACCAGUCAGAGAACAGAUACAAACACGAGGUGUUGGUCGACGGUGAACCUAUUCUUUUCGAAAUUUUGGAUACCUGCCCGAAGACCGAAGACGAAUUGCCAUCGACGGAGACUCUACAAUGGGCAGAUGGAUUACUUUUAGUCUACUCGAUAACCGAAAGGGGUUCGUUCAAUUUCGUGAGGAAGGCAAAAGAAACGCUCGCUGUGGCUGAUCCAGAGGCUACGAUGCCCCUUGCUUUGGUUGGAAACAAAGCUGACAUGGUUCACUUAAGACAAGUUAGCACCGAAGAGGGAGAGAUACUUGCGAAAGACUUUGAAUGCUGGUUCAACGAAGUGUCUGCCGCUGAACAAGUCACCCAAGUCGCUGAGUCUUUCCACGAAUUGUGUCGAGAAGUUUUGGCAGCUAGAAGGAGAAACAAGCAAUCUUUAUUGGAUAGAAUGCUCGGGAGCAAAGCGACGCGUGCUUAUUCACGAGGGAAAAGUGAUUCGGCGCUUCCAAAGGAUUGAUAUUUGAAUUGCUUUAUUUAUUAAUAUUGAAAUACAAUAUUAACGCUAGAUUUACGGACCACGGUUAGUUUGACCCACUCCAAAUUUUGCAAGAAAAGUUACAAAAACCGUUUACACUUUUUACUGACUUUUAUCUAUACAUAUAAAGAAACAAGCUUAUAUUCAAAUUUAUUUUUGUCUAAGCCUUCUAACUAAUUCUAGUAAAUUAAUUUCACUGAUGAAAGCGAUAUGUACCUUAGUAAUAGAAAUCUGAUAUCUCCGUAAAGCUAGCGUUAAAAAAAAAAUAUGCACGAGAGAGUUUACCGUGGUGAUAAUUUUUAAACAAAAUUUUCGUCGCAAUCUUAAAAAUUGAAAGCAAAUUGCAUAUAUAUAUAUUAUGCAUACACGCGUACUUAUCAUUGCAAUUAUAAGUACCAAAGAUUUGUAUACUAUCAUGUAACGUUUACAAUUUUUGUAACAAUAUUAUAUAAAUUCUAUAUUAUAUACGAUUUGAAAAAUUCAUGUUAAACAAAUUUAUUGAGUCAGUAGCAACAUAAAUAUCAUUUUUUUUACUAUAUUGUCACACUUUUCAAUUUGUUUCAAUGUAGAUUACACUUGACAUUAAUUUACGUAAAAAUAGUGUUAGAUUAUAGUUACUCGAAACAAAAUUGAAUGUUCAAUGUUUUCACAGUGUGAAAUGUAUGGCUUGUUCGUUUGACGAGGCGGAUUUUAAACAUGACUUAUAUGUUAGAUGUGGAAACUGAUCUAUAUUUAUUUUGUACUUACAAUGAAAGUUAUGACAAUAAAUAUUUUACUUAUUUAUUA